CGCACAGGAUCAGCUCAUUUCCAUCUUGAUAGGGAUUUUUCUUCCUACAGGAUAUGAAUAUUGAGUCGGCAAGUGGGCAAAUCAGGUCCCUACAUCAUGCUUUUAUGUGCAUCGUCGCUACCUCUUUGUUCCUCUUCUCUUCCUUCCAUCUCACCCUCUUCAGCAGCGGCAAGCAAGCGAGCAGCCACAAUGGCCAAGCCUUCCCUCCUCACGUUCUUCUCCCUCCUCGUCGCUUCCACCCUUGCUGCGGAUCCUGACAUGCUCCAGGAUAUCUGCGUCGCGGAUCUCAACUCCGCCGUCAAGGUGAACGGGUUUGCAUGCAAGCCGGCGGCGGAGGUGACGGAGGCGGACUUCUUCUUCCAGGGGCUGGCCAAGCCGGGCGCCACCAACACCACCAUGGGCUCCCUGGUGACGGCCGCCAACGUGGAGAAGAUCCCGGGGCUCAACACCCUGGGCGUGUCCAUGUCCCGCGUCGACUACGCCCCCGGCGGGUUGAACCCGCCGCACACCCACCCGCGCGCCACCGAGAUCGUCUUCGUGCUCGACGGCACCCUCGACGUGGGCUUCAUCACCACCGCCAACAAGCUGAUCACCAAGACCAUCACCAAGGGCGACGUCUUCGUCUUCCCCCGCGGCCUGGUCCACUUCCAGAAGAACAACGGCGACGUUCCCGCCGCCGCCCUCGCCGCCUUCAACAGCCAGUUCCCGGGCACCCAAUCCAUCGCCGCCACCCUCUUCGCCGCCACCCAGCCGGUGCCCGACAUCGUCCUCUCCAAGGCCUUCCAGAUCGGGACCAGAGACGUGAAGAAGAUCAAGAGCCGCUUGGCGCCCAAGAAGUAGCGAGAUCGAGACAUGUUCUUGUUCGGAGCUCGAGAUCAGUUCAUCCAAUCACCCGCCAUGAGCAUAACUCCCAAUCAAAGCCUAAUGAUGUCACUUCUCUUUCCGCCAUUAGGAUGCUAUGUGUCCUAUCUUUCUUCCUUGAUUCAGAGUGUGAUUCACCUAAUUAUCAAAGAAGCUGUUUGAAACGGUUU